UUUUUUUUUUUUUAUUUUGUUGUCCAAGUAGUGUUUUUUUUUUGGCAUUAUGUCGUAUUUUUUGCCUCAUUUAACCAAUGGUUGGCAAGUAGAUCAAGCCAUUCUCUCAGAAGAAGAUCGUGUGGUGAUUAUUCGGUUUGGUCAUGAUUGGGAUCCCAUUUGUAUGAAGAUGGAUGAAAUCCUGUAUAGUAUUGCUGAAAAAGUCAAGAACUUUGCCGUGAUUUAUCUUGUGGAUAUUACAGAAGUACCUGACUUCAACAAGAUGUAUGAACUGUAUGAUCCUUGCACCACCAUGUUCUUCUUUAGAAACAAACAUAUCAUGAUUGAUUUGGGAACAGGAAACAAUAACAAGAUCAACUGGGCUUUGGACGAUAAACAAGAAAUGAUUGAUUUGACAGAGACGGUUUACCGAGGGGCUCGAAAAGGACGAGGUCUCGUCGUAUCACUCAAAGAUUAUUCCACCAAAUACAAAUAUUAGUUUUAUUUUGUUUUACUCAAUAAACCAAAUCAGAUAUUAUGAUUUAUUUUUUUUGUGAA